CAUCAUCACCACAGUCGAUUACUCUACUUCCUAACAGAUCCUUCUUUCUUACAGAGUCAAACCAGCAAUUUCCUGAAUAACUCUGUUCCACAGCCGUUAUUGCCCCCGCCGCAGCCAUUAAUAACUCAUCAACCUAUUGCUGUAGCUGCAGUAGAUGAUUGCUGUAAUGAAUGUUGUCCUGCUAUACAUCCCGAGGAGGCCAACCCAGCUGAAGAGGAGUAUUUAUUGAAUUGCUCUUGGGCUUCUUGUACGGAAAAAUUCAACGUAACAGAAUCUUUUAUUGAUCACCUAUAUAAGCAACAUUUACAUUCUUUACGGCAGCAGCAGCAACAGCAACAGCAACAGCAAAUACAAGUGCAGACUCUAAUGCCAACUUCAGUGAAGGAAAAACAAUAUCAAUGCCAUUGGAUCAACUGCCAGCAGACCUUGAAUCAUUUGGAAAGCCUCUUAAAUCACGUAUUAGAAGUACACAUUUUAGGCCAGAAAAAUGAAUACUACUGUCGAUGGUCAUCAUGCGAUAGGAUUGGGAGACCUUUUACACAACGGCAAAAACUAAUUCGUCAUUUACAAACAACGCACCUUGGCUUUAAACCUUUUCAGUGUGAUAUAUGCCAAAAGGGAUUCUCGGAAGCUCGUCUAUUAAUGCAACAUAAACGAGUACAUACAGGAGAGAAGCCAUUCUCAUGUGAUCAAUGUGAUAAGAAAUUCAGUGUUGCCUCCGCUCUAACAAUACAUAAAAGAACAUUACAUUCCGGGGAGAAACCAUUCAUAUGCAAGUAUUGUAAGAAAAAGUUCCCAGAGAGUAGCAAUCUGACAAAACACGUA